AUGACGGAAGAAUCCCAGAAGUUCCUGGUGGACGGCCCAAGGCUUCAGUCAUGUUCAGAGAUGCCAGCCGACUUCCUUGCCAGUGAUGUCGCUGGGCUCAGCCAAUCUCCUGCUCUUUGGAGGGGCCUGCCCCCGCUCAGUGGCUCUCUGGACCUGCUGGCUGGCCUUGGGGAGACGGGGAACGUCUUCUGCUGGAGGGACAACUUGGACCACUGCAUCUCCUACCUCAACAAGGAGCUGGGGGCCCUGGGGCUGCCCACCCUCUACAAGGACGAUGGCUGCGGGACAGAUCCUGAGCGUGGCUUCAACCUGCUGGCGCUGGUGAACGGUACCUGCGGGCUGCUGCGUCUCUACCAUAGCGUUUCGGCCAAGUUGGGGGACUUGGAGGCGGAGGAAAUCCGGCGGGCCGGGGAACUGGACCACCUGCGGGCCCGACAGGCAAAACUCGAAAGUACCCCCCCCCCCCCCCCGGACCAGGUGGAAACGUGCGAGCGGGAAAUCGCAGCCGUGCAGGCGAAAGAACAGCAGUUGGAGAGCACGAACAAGCAGCUGAAAAGCUUGCUGAGAGGAGAGAAGGACGAGAUCGCCAAGCUCUCGAACACCCUGGCUGGCCGAGCGGCCCAGCACCUCUACGAGAUGAAGAGGAAGGAGCAAGAGCUGGCCAGGCUGAAGGAGAAGAUGAGCCAGCUGGUGACGGAGAAGAAGGACCGGAGGGGAACAAUCGAGAUCCUCAACGCCCUGACCCGUCCCGAUGGUAAGAGGCCGACCUGGAAAACAGGGAAAUCUCUCGGCAAGAAAGAGGAGGAACUCUACCGCGUCCAGCUGGCCAGGCAGGAGCAGCGGGAGCAGGGCCUGGCUCUGGAGAAUGCCAGGCUGCAGCAACUGCUGGCCCAAGUGGGCCGGGACGUGCAGCAGCUGAUGGGCGCCGACGGAGGCCUUCCCCAGGGCCCAGAGCAAAACUUCCCAUUUGAGGUCUUCCAAGAGCAGUGGUGUCAUUUUCGAGACGAUCUGGAGGCAGAUCUGGUGGAUUCACACAGAACACUUCAUCAAAUGACUCUGGGCCUGGACCAGACAGAGCAGUUGGACGCCUGGGUCAACGCGGAGCUUCCGGGUCACCUGAAGGGUUCCUACUUCCUGGAGGAGGAGCAUCGCUUGGAGGAAGAGCGCGCCAUCUUUGUGGAGCAGCAGCAGGCGUUCGAGGUGGAGCGGAGGAACUUCACGGAGGCGGCCAUUCGGCUGGGGUGGGAGAAGAAGCAGUUUGAGGAAGAGAAGGCCCUUCGGCUGAAGCAAGAGUUCUUGCGUUCGUUGCCGCGACUUGAAGUCCGAGACCCCAAGCGAAGACUGUCGGCCCCAGUUGCUGCCGGAG